AUUCAACAUGGCCGCGGGUCUGAGCAGCAGGACCGGAGCUGCAGCGGGAAGGCCGUGAACCCCAGUCGGAGCAGAGCAGAACCCCCUCGCUUCCUCGCCUCCCUCACGCCGCGGAGAACCGGCACGGACUUCAGACGAGCCCUCCCCAGCAGCAGAUAACCAAACCAGUGCGGAUAAAGUCUCGUAUGAAUCCCGAGGAGAAGGAGGACUGUGAGUGUGCGCCACCACAGGCCCCGACCAGCCCCGCGGGAGCAGCUGCGAGAAAAAACGAGGAGCUUGACCUAGAAAACCCAGAAGCAAGCCGGAUGAAGCGAGCGGCUGCCAAGCAUCUAAUAGAGCGCUACUACCACCAGUUAACGGAGGGCUGUGGGAAUGAGUCGUGCUCCAACUCGUGGUGUGCCUCGUCCGUGGGUUUCAGCCGCAUGGACAACAAUGCAGCAGCGGUCAAAGCCCUGGAGCUGUACAAGCUCAACGCCAAACUGUGCGACCCCCACCCCUCCAAGAAAGGCACCGCCUCCACCUACCUAGAGAGCUGCACCCGCAGCAGCUCGGCCGCCAGCAACCGGCAUGUCAACCACAAAGACGUCCAUCCUGCACGGGACAAUUUCAAAGAUGUAUCUUACCUGACAGAAGAGAAAGUGUACGAGAUCCUAGACAUCUGCGGAGAGAAGGAGGAUUACUCGCCCCUGAUCCGGGUCAUCGGCCGGGUCUUCUCCAGCGCCGACGGGCUGGUGCAGAGCUUCCGCAGGUCCAAACCCCACACCAAGGAGGAGCUGAAAUCCCUCCAAGGUAAGGACGAGGACAAGGACGAGGACGAGAAGGAGGCGGCGGCCUGCUCGGCCACGGCCAUGGAGGAGGACUCUCCCACGUCCUCGCUGCCGUCGCGGCUCGGCGAGGGCUCCUCGGGGGAGAACGACGUCCAGAAGCUGGCGCCCGACGAGGUGUCGGUGGACAUCGACGCGGUGCGCCGCGUCUACGAGCGCCUGCUGUCCAACGAGAAGAUCGAGGCGGCCUUCCUGAACGCCCUGGUCUACCUCUCGCCCAACGUGGAGUGCGACCUGACGUAUCACAACGUGUAUUCCAGAGACCCGAACUAUCUGAACCUGUUUGUGAUCGUGAUGGAGAACAGAAACCUGCACAGCCCCGAGUACCUGGAGAUCGCGCUGCCGCAGUUCUGCAAGGCCAUGAGCAAGCUGCCGCUGGCGGCGCAGGCCAAGCUGGCGCGCCUGUGGGCGCACUACAGCGCCCAGCAGAUCCGCCGCAUGAUGGAGACGUUCCAGCAGCUCAUCACCUACAAGGUCAUCAGCAACGAGUUCAACAGCCGGAACCUGGUGAACGACGACGACGCCGUGGUGGCCGCCACCAAGUGCUUGAAGAUCGUGUACUAUGCAAACGUGCUGGGCGGAGACCUGGACAUGGAUCACAACGAGGAGGAGGACGAGGAGCCCAUCCCCGAGUCCAGCGAGCUGACGCUGCAGGAGCUGCUGGGGGAGGAGCGGCGGAACAAGAAGGGCCCGCGCGUGGACCCGCUGGAGACGGAGCUGGGAAUCCGCACCAACGACUGCCGGCGGCCGCUCAUCCCCUUCGAGGAGUUCGUCAACGAGCCGCUCAACGAGGUCCUGGAGAUGGACAAGGACUACACCUUCUUCAAGGUGGAGACGGAGAACAAGUUCUCCUUCAUGACGUGUCCCUUCAUCCUGAACGCCGUCACCAAGAACCUGGGCCUGUACUACGACAACCGUAUCCGCAUGUACAGCGAGCGGCGCAUCACGGUGCUGUACAGCCUGGUGCAGGGCCAGCAGCUCAACCCCUACCUGAGGCUCAAGGUGCGGCGGGACCACAUCAUCGACGACGCGCUGGUCCGGCUGGAGAUGAUCGCCAUGGAGAAUCCCGCGGACCUGAAGAAGCAGCUGUACGUGGAGUUUGAAGGAGAGCAGGGCGUGGACGAGGGAGGCGUCUCCAAGGAGUUCUUCCAGCUGGUGGUGGAGGAGAUCUUCAACCCGGAUAUCGGCAUGUUCACGUACGACGAGUGCACCAAGCUGUUCUGGUUCAACCCGUCGUCCUUCGAGAACGAGGGCCAGUACACGCUGAUCGGCAUCGUGCUGGGCCUGGCCAUCUACAACAACUGUAUCCUGGACGUGCACUUCCCCAUGGUGGUGUACCGGAAACUGAUGGGCAAGAAAGGAACCUUCAGGGACCUGGCCGACGCUAACCCGGUUUUGCACCAGAGUCUGAAGGAGCUGCUGGAGUACGAGGGCAGUGUGGAGGAGGACAUGAUGAUCACCUUCCAGAUCUCCCAGACGGAUCUCUUCGGUAACCCGCUGAUGCACGACUUACGGGAAAACGGUGACAAGAUCCCCGUCACCAACGAGAACCGGAAGGAGUUCGUGGCCCAGUACUCCGACUACAUCCUGAACAAGAGCGUGGAGAAGCAGUUCAAGGCCUUCAGGAGAGGCUUCCACAUGGUCACCAACGAGUCUCCGCUCAAGUACCUGUUCAGACCCGAGGAGAUCGAGCUGCUCAUCUGUGGGAGCCGGAACCUGGACUUCCUGGCCCUGGAGGAAACCACUGAAUACGACGGCGGUUAUAACAGAGACUCUCGGAUCAUCAAGGAGUUCUGGGAGACGUUGCACUCGUUCGGCGAGGAGCAGAAGCGGCUGUUCCUGCAGUUCACCACCGGCACCGACAGAGCCCCCGUGGGGGGGCUGGGGAAGCUGAAGAUGAUCAUCGCCAAGAACGGUCCCGACACAGACAGGUUACCGACGUCCCACACGUGCUUCAACGUGCUGCUGCUGCCCGAGUACGUGAGCAAGGACAAGCUGAGAGAGAGACUGCUGAAAGCCAUCACCUACGCCAAAGGGUUUGGCAUGCUCUGAGCCCCGUCCCCCCUCUGUCCCCCACGGACUCUCAGCCCCGCCCGCCCCGCCCCCAACCAGACACCGUCUCAGAGCUGACAAGAGACAGACCUGGGUAUGUUUUGAGGAAAAAUAAAUCAAUAGUGAAAGGACAAGCGGUUCUUUGUGAGUGCAUCGUAGUUCUGCUGCUGUGCCUGCGUCACCCUGACACCCCGAAGCCUCCGCCGCCACGCCCCCCUUAUUAUGUCCAUGUACAGAGAGGAUGAUCUUCCUUUUAUUUAUUUUAAGGUAAACCUGGGCUCUUCUUCACGAUAGCGUCCCCUCAGCGGGGAGGGGGAGGGGUUCUCAUUAAAACGGUGUCGAGUCGACGUUAGCCACAUUUAUUGAAGAAGCCGUUGCUAAAAACGCGCCGGAGCCUCCAGCACCAUUCCACCCACGACCACAGCUUUCUGUGUCCACGCCGGUGAUUUCAUCCAGGUAAGACCCGGGGGAAGGACUGUCCUGCUCUACGAUGGCACAUUAUCAGAUAUAGCUCUAAAUAAGGGCCUUUUCCAUGUCGGGGGGGCACUGCAGGUUAGACUAAGAUCUCGUCAGAGCUGUGUAAGUGCACUUAGACAUUUUCAGAAUGUUUUGUGUUUUUUGGCCGCCAAGUCGCCAACCAACGAUUGUUUGACACAUUUUAUUUCCUUGUCUUCCUGUGUUGACGAUUCCAAAUAAAAACAGUGUUUAUAUACAUCAGUGCCGUUGCCGCUGCAGUACUGUGUUUGCACGCGUGCAGACCAGCUCCACCGGUGGGGGGCGUAGCGUGGAGUCCAGACGGCGCUGGGAGCGGUUGCUUUGUUGGUUUUUCUUCAUUUGGUGAAAGUUUGGAGCUUCGUGGAGUUCCUCCAGCCUCGGUGUGGAGCUCUGACCAUAGACAUAUAAACGUAGACGCCGCAUCGAGUGUUCUUGCUGCUGCUGUGAUACGUCAACGUCGCCGCCAUAUUGGAUGUUCAAGACUGCGCUGUAACUAAUA